GGAGAUAUUUGAAUGAUACUUGGAGGAAUUAUACCCCACAUUAUGGCCUUUAAGUUAUAUUCGUAUAAAAUAUAUUAAUCUAGAGGGUGACGUAAUAUUCGUAUGUAACGUACAGCGUGUUGAAUAUCUCAACUAUGUGUUAUAUGCUUUAUGUUUUAUAAUUGAAAUUCAUUUCAUUUAAUGUUAAUAGAUGCGAUAGAAAAGGAUUCAGUUACUUAAAACGAAGCAAAUAUAUAUAUAUAUAUAUAUAAAAACGGAUUGCACUAUGUUAAACAGUAAUUUAUUGUUCUCUAUCCAUGUACGUAAACAGUUUUUCCACUUUUCGAAUUCACGAAAAUCGAUUUACGAUCGCCGAAAUUGUCCCACUGUGCGUCGAUUACACGUCCGUCACAUUUUUCUCCACUUGCAUCGCGAUAUUCGGCCUAGGGAUGAAGGAUCGAAUAUAAAGAACUAUAGAACCAAUUAAGAUGAACGUGAAAUUACAGUCAACUACCAUAACAAUCGAGGGUGUUGUAAACCGAAAAAAAAAAGAAGAACAAUGUAAAAAUCGAUAGGAGGCACCGAGUGCACGGGGAGCUCUUUUUUUUCGAGCCGGAUGGUAGGGUCGAUCUUCGGGGAUGCAUUUCACCGUGCACCGGCUGGUGCAUGUGCAUAUCGUGACGGGUUGUGCGUGAAUCGCGCGUAAACACGUGCGUGGCGGCGGGUGUGUGUGCACACAGGCACACGCCGAGGGAUGCAUCGUCUGUCGAGCCUCCGCCUCCUUCCUCCUCUUAUUCACCACCACCCUGCGGACCUAUAUAUUUCCCGGAGGGUCUCCCACUUUCGCCACUAUCAUUCCUGUCGCGGCUGCGCGAGCCUGUGAGCGCGCAAACGUGAGUUCGCUCUCGGCUUUCUUCUUGGAGCUUCCUCGCCGGCAGAUUACGCGCGGACACCUGCCUUCGUCCUUCGAUCCAAUUUUCCCGCGGAUUUUCCAACGGAAUACGCCGCCGACGAGCUGUGAGAUCGUGCACGCGUCAAGUUUCUCAGUGACCGUCACAGGCGAGCCGAGUUCGCUGAUCAAUAGUUGGACGAUUCGCUGUUCGAUAGUCGAACGGUUUCGAUCGAUUUCUUUUUAUCCCGCGAAACGGUGUACGACUCGAGUUUAACCGAGUUCUUCCCCGCGGCACGCUCUUGUUUCUCGGAAAAUGUGCACCACGUGCGGUGAGCCCCCGAUUCCACCAGCAGCUCCUACCGAAUGGGAUUAGAUGAGGCACGACGGAUGGCCUGAGCCUCGGAGAAAAUCUUCAUGGAUCGUUCACGAAAAUCGAGGAAUGCCCGCUGGUCGUGGAGUCCCGCGGAAUUCCCGCGGCGCCGACGAUGCGCGCCGCGCCGCAGCAACAUCACCGUCAAGAAUUUUGGAUCGAUUCUAGCUUUGACAAUGCUCACCGCGGUCAGUGUCACCUGUACUCACGUGCCCGACAAGUAUCCCAUCGAAGUGUACCAUAUGCUACGGGAGAAGACACAGUUCGGUUUCGGACGGGACAAUCGCAUUAGAGGAACGUGGGGCCCGUGGAGUUCUUGGAGCGAGUGUUCUAGGACUUGCGGCACGGGUAUCCAAUCCCAGUCUCGCGAAUGCGUACCAUAUCAGAAACUUUUGAGGAAGAGGAGUAUUAUCUUGGGGAACGGCACAAGCAGCUCGCGACCCAUUUGCAUCGGCACGUACAAGAGAUACCACACAUGCAACACGCAGAAAUGUCCAAACUUCCCGGAGGAUUUGCGGGCGGAACAAUGCGCCAAGUAUAACGGAAGAAACUACAAGGGCGAGAGCUACGAUUGGGUUCCGUUCCUGGACGCUCCAAACUCUUGCGCGCUCAAUUGCCGUGCUGUCGGCGAACGUUUUUACGCAACGCUUGAAUCGGCAGUAAUGGAUGGCACACCCUGCGACGCUCCGAAUCUUCGUGGACAUAAUGCGGGAAUUUCUAUGGAACGCACAGACCGAUGGCUCUGUGUCGCCGGACAAUGCAAGCCUGUAGGUUGCGACGGUGUGGUAGGAUCUGGCGUAACGACGGAUGCUUGUGGUGUCUGCGGUGGUCAGGGUAAAGGUUGUCGUCUGUACGAGGGUAUUUUUAUGGAACCAAUCCUGCCGAGGGGUCAUCAACCCGUGACCACCAUACCGAAGGGAGCUGUGUCUCUCAACAUCUCCGAACUUCGUUUCAGUAGCAACUUCUUAGCGUUAAGAGACAGCAACGGUAGUUACAUCCUGAAUGGACCGUUGGCAUAUAGUCCAAGCGGCACUUAUAAAGCGGCUGGCGCGACAUUAACAUACCAGAGGGGUGACAGAAGCCGCGUGGAGUGCAUCUUGGCAACCGGGCCACUGAACGAUUCUUUGCAUUUAGAGAUCCUGGCGCAGGAAAUGAACCCCGGAGUGCUCUACAAGUAUAUGCUGCCGUUAAAGGAGACCACCAACGGAAGGGCGAUGAUAGCCCCACCGCUUUUCGCGACAGGAUCCGUGGAUCGUGGCAACGAAAUUCCCGAUUCGGAUUCCCGCGUCGCUCUGACGAUACCCACGACCAGAAUAUACGACCGAAAAAACGAUCUAUCAUCGAGGAAUCGCGACAAGAAUGGACCGCUGUCGCGCGACAGAGCACCAAAAGAGGAGAUGAAGCAUCCACCGACCACUGUGAUGGCCGGCGAUCAGCCGAAGUCGAAGGCCAAAAAGAGAAAGCGACUGAAAUUUGGUUGGAAGAUGUUCGGAUUGACUCCUUGCUCCAAGGAGUGCGGAGGAGGGAUCCAGAAAGCGAUUUUCAAGUGUGUUCGCGUGAACAAUGAAAUGAUCGUGAACGAAAGACGUUGCCGCAACGUGGGAAAGCCCCAGCAGCCGCCUCCGUUGCGUUGCAACGAUUACCCAUGUCUGGCCAGAUGGAGGGCGGAACCGUGGAGCGAGUGCUCGGCCAGCUGCGGUACUGGAACGAGAACACGAAAAUUGGAGUGCGUACAGGAAUUAAAUGCGAACCUAACGAUGCGAGUAGCUGCCGGUGCGUGUGUCCAACCACCAGACCUGAGGACCGUGGAGGCUUGCACGAAACCGGCUUGCACGAGCAGUCCGGAAUUAAGGCACAUGCACUCGCAACACGACACACCCAGAUGGGACGUCGGAGCUUGGGGCCCGUGCUCGGUGACGUGCGGAGAGGGGGUACGAAAUCGAACGGUGACGUGCAUCACGCCUGGCAAGUCCUGUUCUUUGUUAAAGAAACCAGAGUCUCGGAAAGUUUGCGUAUCCGCGCCUUGCACGAGCAACAACGCGGAGCAACGGGCACCCUGGCUGUACUCGGAUUGGUCGUCCAAGUGCUCUGCCGAAUGCGGCAACGGAGUCGAAACGAGACGAGUAGCGUGCGCCGACGGCAGCGAGCUGUUUUGUAAUCCCAAAGACAAACCGGAAACCGAGAGGCAGUGUUACGGUAAAGGAGCGAACUGCGAUAGGGCCAAGUGGUUCACCGGUCCAUGGACAAUCUGCUCCGUGUCUUGCGGAAUGGGUGUCCAGUAUCGAGAAGUCCUUUGCGUCGCAAGGACGAACAACGAAUUCGUCGUGUUACCAGCGAAUGGUUGCAACGAUUCGAGGCCAGCAACCGAGCAAGCGUGCGUAGUGUCCGCGUGCACACCGGAAUGGUUUACCUCGGACUGGUCGAAGUGUUCGACGACGUGUGGCACCGGCGUAAAAACCAGAUUGGUUCGCUGCAUCCUCGAGGGCGUCGGCGACUCGAAUUGCGUAGAAGCUGCAAAACCGAUCGACCAACAACAAUGCAGUUUGGAAUCUUGCGAGAAGGAUAUCCCGUUGCCUAGCAAAUCGCCGAAAAAAGCCUACGAGACGUCCGAGUGUGUCGACAAACAUCCAAACUGCGUGCUGGUCGUGAAGAAUGGCCUGUGUCGAAUAAAGUACUACAAGUAUUCGUGUUGCCGUUGCCGCGAGUAAUCGGCCGAUGGGCGACGUCGAAUCUAACCCCGCUUAACCGGGUUAGGUCCGAGUCGGGGCAGGUUUCAACCCACCACGGUCACCGCCGUCUCUUUGCGUUCGAUUAAACUCGUAGCUCUUCCUUAGUUAAUGUAACGCGAUCGUCCGUUGGAACGGAAGAAUCGCGUCCGGUACCCAAGACUGUUACAAAGAGACGACCGUAUUACGUACAAGUUUAUUUAACACAAUUACCGAGUAUCUAAACCCCCGUGUAGCUUUAUUUCUUUGAUCGUCUAGCUCCCUCGCGACAGAUUACGGGAGAAUAGUUAUUUAAUUCCCUUCGAACGUUAACCCGAGAAACGGAGUAGCAAAACGAAAGCACGCUAGUCGUUUGAAGUAGACCAAGUAUCUAAUCGAACGCGUUAGAAAGGGAACGCAUCGAAACGAUGCCGUGCAUCGUUAACGCGAGAUGAAAAGAGAGAGAAUACGUAUUAGCGCGUAAAUGUAUCAACAUAUCUGCGUGGCGAACCUACAUAGAUAAACCUGCGAAUUUUUGUCGCGACAAGUCUGUGUUAACUUAACGAUGGUACCGAUCCGAUCCUCGCGUUAUUCCAGCAAAGUCGCUAAUCGAGUACAGCAGAACUUUAUUCCCCCGAAUUCAAUUUUAUUCGAUUCCCGAUUUACCGUACCUAACAAUUCCUAUAGUUGCAUAGAGCUGCACAUGCACGAUAUAUCUCUGAAUUCGCGAUGAAAGGAGCGACUUUGAGCGGCGAACUGAUUUUUAUUCGACCAUAGCUGAGAGGUCUUGGUCCCAUCGCUAGCAUAAACACGCGAAAUGAAACGGGCUCGGGCGGAGCGAAUGAAAAUGCUGUCUGGAGUUGUCGCUGAAAAAAAAAAAAGAAAAAAAAAAAAUGAAUCGAUCGAUCCAGCUGCAUUCUCGGUGUAUGUACUUCGAUAGGUAGUCUGUUUAGUUCCAGAACGUUAUUUAUCGUUCCCGAGCCCGUAUCGACGGGUAGACGAUAGAUGUAGCCGUGGGCAAUUUCCGUUAUCGAGCAUUUAAUUAACAUAUCGAGCCAAGCAAAUCCGGCGAUUUUGAUUUACGAGCCUGACUUAUUAACGAAUCCAUCCACGAUGCGGAUAGUACGAUAACCUUCAACCGGAAAUACCGGGUUCACUUCUUUAUUAUGUUUUCUUUUUGUAAAACGACCAACACGCGUUAGAGAAUGUAGCCUGUGGUAGUAUGAAUAUUCGACGUGUAAAAAUUAUUAAUAGCCCGUACGUAAAGCAAAUAACGAUAGUUACAACGAUGCUGUCGAAUCAAAUGUACACUCGUCCCCGUAGUAAGUCAUCGACAAAGUAAAAUGUAUGCGUAGAAUCGAAUCCCUGACAACGUACGGCGGAAACACCCUACUAUACCCUUUAACUUUUAUGAAUCGACGAGUCUGCGAGGACCUUUGCAAGGGGUGUAGAUUAAAUUUAAACAAAUAACAUCCUAACGGUCAAUCGUGAAAAUUGCGCUGGCAAUCAAUCCUCGGUGUCAAUUAAAUCGCAUUCCGGUUUGCCUUCUCGAACUCCAAGGAAAUCUGCGAAUACCUACCGUAUUUCGAUCCGCCUCGUAUCUCUCGAGAAGCUGUUUCGAUUUCUGUUUACAAUUACAAAAAUUUGUUUCAAUAAACUUUCCGUUCUCCUUCUA